AUGGCGUCCAUCCAGAAUGCCGCUGCCACCCUCGACUUCCUCGCGGCGAAGUGCGUUCCGGAGUCCCACGUGUGGACGGAGCAGAAGGACUAUCCGGUGGUGUCAGAGUCAGCAGGGCAUGAUGCAGUGCCUGUGGUUGACAUGGGCGAUGCCACAGACUAUGCCAUCGCCGCUGUGGCGCGGUCAGCGGAGGAGUGGGGUGGUUUCCUCCUCGUCGGACACGGCGUGCCGAUCGAGCUCCUGACGCGUGUAGAAGAGCAGAUCAAGGGCUUGUUCGCGCUCCCGGCUCUAGAGAAGGAGAGAGCCGCGCGUGGCGGAGGCUACGGCUACGGCGUGCCGCCCUACAUUCUUUCCUUCUCCAAGCUGAUGUGGUCAGAGGGAUACACCUUCUCCGCCGACGAUGUCCGCUCGGAGUUCCGACGGAUAUGGCCCAACGGCGGCGACGACUACAUGCGCUUCUGCGAUGUGAUGGAGGAGUUCCACAUGGAGAUGAGAGCCCUCAGUAAGAAGGUGCUCGACAUGUUCUACAAGGCGCUAGGGAUUAGCGCUGACCACAUCGCCAACGGCGAGGUGGAAAGCCAGAUCCGUGACACCAUGACGACCACCAUGCACCUGAACAUGUACCCCAAGUGCCCGGAACCGGAGCGCGCGAUGGGGCUCGCGCCGCACACGGACUCGGGCUUCUUCACGCUCAUCCUGCAGAGCCUUGUACCAGGGCUGCAGCUACUCCGGCGCGGGCCUGAGCGGUGGGUCACAGUGCCCGCCGUGCCUGGGGCGCUCGCCGUCGUCAUCGGCGAUCUCUUCCACGUCCUUACCAACGGCCGCUUCCAUAGCGUGCUUCACCGGGCCAUCGUAAACCAGGAUCACGAGCGCAUUUCCGUGCCUUAUUUUCUCGGGCCGCCGAAGGACAUGAAGGUGGCUCCACUCCCCGCGGCGAUUCUUCCGGGGAGGAAAGCUGUGUUUCGUAGCGUGACAUGGCGAGAAUACAUGGUUGUAAGGGAGAAGAUGUUCGGUAAGGACGCGUCGGCUCUGGCAAUGUUGCGGGUGACAGAGGAUGAAAGAGAUGCAGAGGUGAUUCCACUAUUGAUGAGUUCUAUACUUAGAGUAUUGCUAUCUGGCGUCAGCUUGAUUCUCUUCGACCGUCGUACACAGACCCUGGUUGAAGCUGGCCCUCGCAGCCUUGAGUCUCCGGGGCUAUGGGAAUUGAACAGUGAAGCUGUUCUAUCUGUUCUAGCUGUUCUUGGUGUUCUUGUGGCUUACCAGUUCAGUUCUGCCGAUGGUUGA